AUGUUCUUAGUACCGAAUAGUUUCUUGACGUGGUUGAAAUCUACAACGACUAUCAUCAUGUCCAACGCGACUGGAUUGUUUGACGAACUUGAGGAAAACUUGCAGUGUGUGGGCGGUACGGCAGGAGCUCUCACGCUGACAGCAGCAGUCGCCGCCUCAGCCUACUACUACUCGACCAGACCCGUACCGGAGAAACCAUUAGUGCCUCUAGAUAACCAAUGUCCGAUAGAAGCGGGCCCAGAACAGAUACACGUUUCAAAGUUCUACAAGGAGGCGAAGGAUGGCAAAUUUGUCAGCUGUCUCGAGGAAGACAUUCGAACACUGUAUCAAUCAUUUCGCAAGGGUGCCUACGUGUCAAACAAUGGACCUUGUCUGGGAUGGCGAGAAAACCUGCAGUCACCAUAUCAGUGGAUGAACUUCAAUGAAACGCUACUGCGCGCAAAGAACUUCGGUUCCGGACUGAUCUCGCUAGGAUUACGACCAGGGCCGAAUACGUUCAUCGGCAUCUACUCACAGAACCGUCCGGAGUGGAUCCUGUUCGAGCAGGGAUGCUACUGUUACUCGCUCGUUGUGGUACCACUGUACGACACGCUGGGUCCAGAUGCGUGCGCUUUUAUCGUCGAUCAGACAGAGAUGCAGGUCGUCGUCGUGGAGGAUGAUAAGAAGGUGAAUUUGUUGCUGGACAAAGCUCCGAGAUCACUACGAAAAGUAGUUGCCAUCAAGGAGGUUCGACCGGCCACACUGCAGCGGGCGAAGAAUGUCGGCAUCGAUGUACACACGUUCGAUGAGGUGGAGAAAAUGGGAGCGAUUAACGAUUAUCCAGAGCUAGAGCCCAAACCGGAAGACCUAUGUACGGUUUGCUACACCUCAGGCACGACCGGCAAUCCCAAAGGUGUGAUGCUGACACACGCGAACGUGCUAUCCGGCGUGGCCGGUGUGCUGUUACAGCUCGGCACUCAUCGGCCGCGGGUCGGUGACAUAAUGGUGUCGUUCCUACCUUUGGCGCACAUGCUGGAGCGUUGCUGUGAGAACGGUGUCUACUACAUGGGUGGUGCCGUUGGAUUCUUCUCCGGUGACAUCAAGGAACUAACGAAUGACCUGAAAGCGCUAAAACCGACACUGAUGCCAGCCGUCCCCCGUUUGCUGAACCGCGUGUACGACAAGGUGUUCGCCGAGGUACAACGAUCCUCCGUCAAGAAGCUGCUACUGAACAUGGCGCUCAGCUCGAAGGAGGCCGAAAUUAAGCGUGGUAUCGUGCGACGGAACAGCAUCUGGGAUAAGCUGGUGUUCCGGAAAAUACAGGAAGGUUUCGGUGGCCGACUGCGCCUCAUGGUGGUCGGUUCGGCACCACUGUCCGAGGCGGUACUGUCUUUUUCCCGUGCCGCGCUCGGCUGUCUGAUCUGCGAGGGUUACGGCCAGACGGAAUGUACCGCACCGAUUACGCUCACGGUACAGGGUGAUUUUGUGCCGGGACACGUUGGUCCUCCGGUUGCCUGCAACGGCAUUAAGCUGGUGGACGUACCAGAGAUGGAGUACUACGCGUCACAACAGCAAGGCGAAAUUUGCGUGAAAGGAGCAAACGUUUUCAUUGGGUACCUUAAAGAUCCACAGCGUACGGCGGAAACGAUCGAUAAGGAUGGUUGGCAUCAUACGGGCGACAUUGGACAGUGGUUGCCGAAUGGUACGCUAAAGGUGAUCGAUCGCAAAAAGCACAUCUUCAAGCUUAGCCAGGGAGAGUACAUUGUGCCAGAAAAGAUUGAAAAUGCCUACAUUCGCAGCCAGUACGUCGAGCAGGUGUUUGUGCACGGUGAAAGCUUAAAGAGCUGUAUAGUAGCGAUUGUGGUCCCGGACGUAGAAGUCAUUAAGAGCUGGGCUCAGGAGAACAACAUUCCCGGCACGCUGAGCGUACUGUGCAACAAUCCGGACGUCAAGCAGCUCAUCCUGAACGACAUGACCCUGUGGGGCAAAGAGUUUGGACUGAAAUCUUUCGAACAGGUCAAAGAUAUAUACCUACAUCCGGACCCAUUCUCGGUUCAGAAUGGUCUACUAACGCCGACCUACAAAUCCCGGCGGCCACAGAUCAGAAGCUAUUUCGCACCCCAGCUAGAUGACAUGUACAAACAUCUUGACUGA